UUCGAGGGGGGUUCGAGGAAAAAGAGCCGCAUGCGUGCACGUGUCGGGACAUGCUAUGACCGCGUCAUUGCUGCUGCACUCGCACUGGGCCGAACCGCUCAUGUUCGUCUACGACAGCAGCGCGGACGAGCGCGCCAAGAACAUGCAGGACGCGCCGUUCCCCGGGGGGAACUUUGCGCCCAACCAGUGCAGGAAUCUGCUGGCGCAUCCCGCCUCGCUGGCUCCGAGCAGCACCGCCUACGCCAACGGCGACGUGCCCGCGUCUGGCGUCGGGGAAACGGCCAAGCAGUGCAGCCCUUGUUCGGCCACGCAGAGCUCACCUAACGCCUCCCUUCCGUACGGAUACUUUGGCGGCGGAGGCUACUAUCCGUGCAGGCCCCACGGCAGCUCCAAGGCCUGCGCGCAGCCCUCCUCGUACGGGGACAAGUACGUGGACACAUCGGUGCCCGCCGAGGAGUUCUCCAGCCGGGCCAAGGAGUUCGCCUUCUACCAGGGCUACUCCCCGACUCCCUACCAGGCGAGCUACUUGGAUGUGCCAGUGGUCCCUACACUGAGUGCGCCCCCCGAGCCCAGGCAUGACCCCCUCCUGCCCAUGGAUCCCUACCAGCCGUGGUCCAUCACCACCAACGGCUGGAGUGGACAAGUGUACUGCGCCAAAGAGCAGCCCCAGGCUAAUUCUCUCUGGAAGUCAUCCUUGCAAGCAGACAACACAUGUGGCGGUAGCGGGGACAGCCAAGUGCGCCGUGGCAGGAAGAAGCGCGUCCCAUACACCAAGGUGCAGCUCAAAGAACUGGAAAGGGAAUACGCCACCAAUAAAUUCAUCACCAAGGACAAGCGCAGGAGAAUAUCUGCGCACACCAACCUGACAGAAAGACAAGUGACCAUCUGGUUUCAAAACCGGCGCGUAAAGGAGAAAAAAAUCGUCAAUAAAUUCAAGAGCUCCUGCUAGUUUCUCGUCGAUUUUGGUUUUGGGGAGGAAAGGGGGGGGGGGGGGAGGAAUGGACACAAACGUGCCUUGAUCACAAAUAAACUCUCCUAUAAUUUAUUACCUUCACUUUUGUCGCCAGAGUGCCUCCUUUCACCUUUCUUGCUCCUUUCCUCGCGUUUUAAUUGGAAGCAGUCCACGCAGCGCGUUGACAGAAAGUCGGAACUGUUCGCGACAAGUGUGUGUGAUUCUUUUCCGCUCUCAUUACUGCUUCCCACGCAUAUUCGUCUUCAUUAAUUUUCACAAAAAAACUCCAAUUACAAACACAAGCAUGUGGAGUUUUGUAAAAUUAUCGGUGUUAAUUUAUGAAGCAGCGACAUGUCUUUUGGGGUUUAUCACAAAAAUGCUCCAUAUAAAUCAACUUUUUCCAGCCGAAAUGAAGAAAUGACGCACCAAUCAAAUAAACUUAUUACAGUUCCUAAUAAAGUGGUUGCAUUUGAUGUUUACAAUUACCAAACGGGGUCCUUCAUGUCGCACCUAUUGUCACCUCGUUUUAAUACCUCAUAGAUAUCAUCCCUUUUAUUUUUUCAGAUUUAUACCAUUAAAUAAAAAUUGGACUUUUUCAGUCGUUUGACAUAUAACGUGUCUGACGUGGUUCUCGUCACUGUGUAUUUCUCUUGUCUGUCAAUUGUGAUUUUAAAUGAAAAAAUAUCCAGAAAGAAUAAUAUCGUGUGGACGUAUUUAAAUUUGUAAAUAUUUUGGGGACACAUCCAAAUGAAAAUGUCAAUA